AUGUCACAUAGAUUAGGAGGUCGUAGAAAAAAUGUUAAAAAAGGAUUACAAUUUACUGUAAUGGUAGUUGGUGCAUCAGGAAGUGGACGAACAACUUUUGUUAAUACUCUUUGUGGUAAAGAAGUUUUAUCCAAAAAAUCAUGCGAUGAUCCUGAAAAUGCUCUUGUUGAGGAAGGAAUUCGUAUCAAACCUGUUACUGUUGAAUUGGAAGAAGAUGGCGUUAGAAUCGCUUUAACAAUAGUAGAUACGCCUGGAUUUGGUGAUAAUAUUGACAAUGGAUUUUGUUUCCAAGAAAUUGUGGGUUACUUAGAAAGACAGUAUGAUGAUAUUCUUGCAGAAGAAUCAAGAAUUAAGCGUAAUCCAAGAUUUCGUGAUAAUAGAGUUCACGCACUUCUUUAUUUUAUUACACCGACAGGUCAUUCACUUCGUGAAAUAGACAUUGAACUAAUGAAAAAACUUAGUCCACGUGUCAAUGUCAUUCCGGUUAUUGGCAAAGCUGAUACUUGUACACCAAGUGAAUUAGUUGAUUUUAAAAACAGAAUAAUGGAUGACAUUGAUCACUAUAAUAUUCCUAUUUAUAAUUUUCCAUAUGAUAUAGAAGAAGAUGAUGAUGAAACUGUUGAAGAGAAUAAAGAAAUAAUUGUUAAUGGAAGAUCUGUUCGUGGACGUCAAUAUCCAUGGGGUGUAGUAGAAGUAAAUAACCCACAACAUUCUGAUUUUGCUAGGUUACGGUCUGCAUUAUUAAGUUCUCAUUUACAAGAUUUGAAAGAAAUCACUCAUGAUUUCUUGUAUGAAAAUUAUCGUACUGAAAAACUUAGUAAGACUGUCGAUAAUCCAUCUGAUGACGUUAACAUUCUACCUGAAACAUCUAAAAAUGUCAAAAUUAAAGAAGAACAAUUAAAACGCGAAGAAGAGAAGUUGAGAGAAAUAGAAUUGAAAGUAACAAGAGAAAUCACUGAAAGAAGACAAGAGCUUUUGGCCAAAGAGGAAGCUUUAAGGAAUUUGGAAGCACAAAUUAGCUCAGGCUCAAGAUAUGAAACAAAUGGUUAA